AUGGCACGAUACAAAGGUACAGCGGAGUUAUCUCUAUGUUUGAGCAUACACAACCAGCUGCUUUGCUUUUGAGACUGAACAUCGAGAGAUCACACUCUGACAAGGUGUGGGGGACGAACAGACAACGUCCACGCGUAUAACGGUCUUCACACACCAACUGUCGGACGUUUUUGGUGCAUAUAUCUCUGCUUAUUUCCCAUACUACAUGCUUGUGUGACCUAAAGCACCGACUAAACUAGUCAAAAUUAUUUCACGUUAUUUUCAAUUUAUUAUCUGUGUUUACUAAACAAAUGAGGAGGAAAUGAAAACUAAUAAUAAUAAUAAAAGCAAGCGAAAAUCACUUAGGCGGCAGUGGUCCGUGGAUGUUCCAUCCAGUAUUCAGAAGAAAUUUCGAGAAGUUACAGCAAGCCGACGUUCAAAAUCGCUUGACGAAGAAGUUUAUAAAGAGAAAUUACUUAACGAAACGGAAUAUGACAGACAAGACAACAAAAAAGUUAAGGGCUCUUUUGAGAACUUUGGUCAAGAUCAUUCAGAACUUCCUCAUUCGCCGUCGUUGUCUAGUAGCUCCAGUUCUUGGUAUUCAUUUGACGAUGACAACAGCGAGAGCUCGUUUAGAGGAAAUGAAACACAAAACCAAACUGAAAUCAACGAUAUUCAAAUCGAAGUAAAAAGUCGUGAGAACUUUAACGAGAAGGCCUCCUCGCCCACACGGACAAAGGAUAUCUUAAGCGUGAACACAUGUGGAUUAUUAAGCACAAUAGACGAGCUUGUUCCACGUAGUCCAACUAAAAGAACAUCUCCAGCUGCAGAAUUUGAUAUCAAUAAAGACAAAACAGGAAUUAACGAUGUUCCAUCAAAGUUUGCCAAAAACGAGGAUACAAUUAAUGAUGAAGAACCGGAAAUAGGCGAACGUUAUCGACGAUACGCAAUAUGCGAGGAAAUGGAAAGAUAUAUUAUAGUUGAUCACAAGGGCCUUAGCUUGAGAAAAUAUCGUGAAACUUUGAUAAGGCACCUAGUACUCAAGGAUUUAUGUCUUCUUUGAAGAAAGAUGCUCCUUAUCAUAUCCAAUAUAUGCCCCUACAGUAUAUAUAAAUCC